GGGUUUGUGAAUCCGUUGUGGUAAAAAGAAAAUUGCUCGUUGAGAGGAACUCACCACUUUACCCCAGAGAAGAGGCACUUGUGCGCAUGUCUUAUCUUUGGGGUUGGGGUAUUUUGAGGGUGGCUAUAUGCCCAGAGGCAUUGUGCCUGGCGAGAUAUCAUAUGAUAAUCAUAUUCCCAUUGGUGGUGGGUUCCAGCUGAGGCCAACCAAAUAGGGGUAGCUUUUGCAAAACGAAUUGGAAAAUGUUUUACAAGAACCAGAGCACAGAAGGCAGCGAGACAUUGAGGUGUAUGGAGCGGGUAAUCAAUAUACAUAUUGUAUAUGUAUGUAUAUCAUAUAUUGUCAGCAGGCAGAAGUUCAAAAACGAUAAGGUGAACUUGUUCCAAAGGUGGAGGCGGAAUAAUGCAUAGAACAAGUUAAAAGUGAACAAUUGGAAAGUUGUAACUAGUUAUCCCAAUACGACAUCGACAAGGGGAUACUUAGUUUUACAAGAAACUUAAUUACGAUUACGAAUCGUCAAAGAAAGUUGGAAAAGGCUGGAGAAGGGUGUGUGCAAGCCGGAAGACCCACUUAAGUUAGCAACCCCCAACGAAAUUUAACCCCCCCAACCCCUAUAUGAUUAUCGUUUUGUUGCUGCUAUUCCAAUCGCUCUGUCUCUACUGUCAACGUCUGGUCCUGCACAUCCACGACAGAUGCUUUCCCCGGAACGUUCGAUUGCUACAAGAAGUGGCCGAAACCGUUGGCGAUCGUAAGGCCCAACAGCACUUGGAGCAGCAGGAAAUUGAACAGCAUAAACGACGACAGAAGCGUCGCAUAUUGGAACCAAUACUGCCACUGGGAGCUGGAGCAAAUUUGGAAGCUUGCCGUUUUUGUGCCCAUAGUCCGCAAGGCUAUUGCCGUCAUCAUUUUCAUUUGCAGGAAUUGCAACUGCAACGUGGAAAUAACGCGGAUUAUAAGCAACAACGUAGAAUUAAACGUGAGCUAAAGCGUACUUUGGAGCAACAGCAGCAACAGACACAGUUAAGAAGUUAUCGGCCCCCUUUAAUUGUGGCCAAUAGUCCAAGUUGCAGUUCAUUGAGCUCUAGCAGUGGCUACGGCACAUUGAGCAAUUGCAGCAAUUACGACUACCUAGACGAACAACUGCAGGUGGAAGUCACAGAGGAGGAGCAGGAGGAGGUGUCACCUGUGCCGGAGGUUGCCUUAGUGUCUGGCAAUCUUGUAACGAGCCACUUGUAAAAAGU